GUCUGCGCCAGCCUUGUGGGUCCCGGGCGGCGCGUGUUUUCUUCCCUCUCGGCUUCGGGAUGAUCGGCCAGAAGACGCUCUACUCCUUUUUCUCCCCGAAUCCUGCUAGCAAGCGACGUGUCCGUAGCCCCGAGCCGGGCGACCUGGGGACCGGCGUGGCGGCGGUAGCUGAGGAGAGCCGGGAUGCAGCGGCUAGCCCACCCAAGAAGGCCCGGGCAGAGCCGGAGGAGCCCGGCACACCGCCUUCAUCGCCGCUGAGCCCCGAGCAGUUGGACCGCAUCCAGAAGAACAAGGCCGCGGCCCUGCUCAGACUCGCUGCUCGCAAUGUGCCGGUGGGUUUUGGUGAAAGUUGGAAGAAGCACCUCAGCGGAGAGUUCGGGAAACCGUAUUUUAUAAAGCUAAUGGGCUUUGUUGCAGAAGAAAGAAGGAAUUACACUGUUUAUCCACCUCCACACCAAGUCUUCACAUGGACACAAAUGUGCGACAUCAGAGACGUGAAGGUUGUCAUUCUGGGACAGGAUCCAUAUCACGGGCCCAAUCAGGCUCACGGGCUCUGCUUCAGUGUUCAGAGACCUGUUCCGCCUCCGCCCAGCUUGGAAAACAUUUAUAAAGAGCUGUCCACAGACAUAGAUGGUUUUGUCCAUCCCGGUCACGGAGACUUAUCUGGGUGGGCCAAGCAAGGUGUUCUCCUGCUCAACGCCGUCCUCACGGUCCGGGCGCAUCAGGCCAACUCCCACAAGGAGAGAGGCUGGGAGCAGUUCACCGACGCAGUUGUGUCCUGGCUGAACGAGAACUCGAGUGGCCUCGUGUUCUUGCUCUGGGGCUCUUACGCUCAGAAGAAGGGCAGCGCCAUCGACAGGAAGCGCCACCACGUGCUGCAGACCGCCCACCCCUCCCCGCUGUCGGUGUACCGCGGGUUCUUUGGGUGCAGACAUUUCUCUAAAACCAACGAGCUGCUGCAGAAGUCUGGCAAGGAGCCCAUCAACUGGAAGGAUCUGUGACCCCGACCUGGGGGACUGUGGUGGUCUCCGGGCAGUUUUUAGAAGGUUGUCAGUGACGAAGUCAAAUUGAAAAAAUAAUUUCCGUGGUGACCCUUAAGCAUUCUGCAUAUGGGAGAGAAGGUUUGGGUAAAGCGGGCAUGAGCCAGGCUGCCCUGGAGGGGCGGCUGUAUCCAGCAAAGCCUGUGCGCUGUGACCGAGUCCGUCUCUGCAUUGCGGCUUUGGCCUAGAAUAGGCGUCCAAGUUCUUGGAAGGGAGAGGAGCUCAAGUUCUUGACUCUCCUCCCCUCUGUUUGCUUUAUGGUUAGAGAUGGGCAGAUUGGCACCUUUUGGUUUAUAUAGUUCGCUGCUACUUGUUUUUACCUGUAGGUUACACUUUAGGUUAUAAGAUGUUGGGUGUUUUUAUUUAGAAAGAUUCCCUUUGCACAUCCUGGUGUUCCAGUCCAGGCCAACUUCCUCCUUGAAGGAAAUAGGAUUUUUUUUUUUAUUUUUUAUUAUUUUUUUUUUAUUUUUGCCAGUUCCCAGAAACUAGGGCUUGAUUUCCUGAUGGUAGCAAUCGGUGGUGAGCCUGAACACAGAGGCCAAGAGAAGUGGGCGGGUCUUGUUUAUAUGGCUCUCUGAGUGUUUCUAGGAAUAAGCAAUGGAAGUUGAAUAGGAAGGAGGAGAAAGGUUUUUUGUUUGUUUGUUUUUAAGAAGAAAUGUUUUAUUUUUUUUCCCAGAUGUAUCUUGAAUUUGAGGCCACAUAGUGCCAGGUGCUAUUUUCUAGGGACCGAAAUCAUUUUGGGAUGUCUUUUGCAAUGCUGGAGAUUUUCACUUUUUAAAAAAAUACUUAUGCAGAUGUAUAUACGUAUUUUUUCAAAUCCUUUGGCUAAGAGACGAUUGUUAGGUCUGCACCUCCAUCCCAGAUCCUGCUAGAGAUGCUGUUUUGCUGUUAGCUGGGUUCAAAGUUAAACCUGCUAGGGUUUGGAAAUAAAAGUUUUUGAAGUUUCA